AUGGAGCCCUGGGACAAUGACAUCGUGUCUCUGCUUCCGAUCUCACACAAUAUAUGUGCGAGCGUAGUUGCAGGGUACGACUGGAUGAACAUCCCGUUGCUCACGGAAAGAGGCAUACUGUACUGCAACAGCGGCGCCGCUUGUACUCUUGCCGUGGCAGAUGCGGCGCUCUACCUCGUCAUCUCGGUCUUUCGACACUUCACCCUGGCUCAGCUCGGCGCCAAAACGGGCGACCCUAAGACAUGGACGCGAAGGCGAAACAGGAUUCGAGAAAUCGGCCGUAAUCCCCAGCGUCAUACAGUAGGAAUCGUGGGUCUGGGACGCAUAGGACAUCUCGUGGCCAAAAGAUUCUACUUCGGCCUGGGAGCCCACGUCGUCUAUUAUGACGUGCAACGACGAUCGCGAGAGGCCGAACAACUGAUCAACGCUAGGUAUUUUGACUCCCUGGACGAUUUGCUGGCCGUGUCCGACUGUAUGGUCGUGGCCGCGCCUUACUUUAGCAAGCAGAUCAUGACAGCGGACGAGUUCGCCAAGAGGAAGAAAGGAGCUCGCUUCGUUAUCGUGUCUCGUGGGGCAAUUGAUGGACCAGGCGGCCUUGGUCGACGCUCUGAAAUCUAG